AUGAAAGUUUCUACAAUUUGGGAUGCACUUCGUGAUAACAGACCCCAAGUCUACUGGCAGAAAAUUAUUUGGUUUCCUUUGCACAUUCCUAAGCACAGCUUGAUUUCUUGGAUGGCAUUACUUGAUAGACUUCCAACAAAAGUGAGACUUCACCAAAUGGGGAUUAUCAAUGAAUGCCAUUGCUUAUUUUGCAACGAUCCUUGGGAAACAAGGGAGCACUUGUUCCUCCAUUGUCAUAUGGCGCAGCAAUUAUGGAAUUCUGUUUUCACUCACACUGGUCUUCAACUUUCCAUAACUUCUUGGGAUGUUUUUUUUGCAUGGGCAAGCUCUACUUGGAAAGGUAAAUCUUUGCUAACUUUGAUCUUGAAGCUUGCUCUUAAUUCCCUCAUCUAUGUCCUAUGGGAAGAAAGAAACAGGAGGCUCUUUCAAGGUCAAUGCAGAAACACUCGAGCUGUUUACUGUCAUUAA